UAUAUUUACAUAUAUUCACCGUGCAUGUAGCAGAGCGCAUAAGAAAUAAGUACAACAAAAAAUAAUAAGUAUAUGCACAAAAAAAGUAAAAACGUAAAAUCUUUUGCGUAGUUUAUUUGCUCGGGUCGUUCGUUUGCUUCACUUGAACUCGUAUCUUCGUCGCGCUGGAUGUCUUGUGCGGGCGCAGUACUGACUGGCUUAUUUGCUGCUGCCGAUGUUUUGACCAGGACAAGAAAUGCCCUGGCUGUCGCGACACUGUCGUUCGCCUGUUCCGUCGUCCCGUCCCCUAACCACCCAGCAGCACUAACCGUAGCCGUAGUGAGCCGAGACACCAAAUAAUAACACAGUUACACAGCGCACAGUACCAGACCGCGAUUAGCCCGACUAUCACGCAGUUCAACUGCAGCUCAGCUCAGUUGAGGAGAACUGAAUCUUGUAACAAUAACAGGAACGUGUGUGCAUACAUCAGAUUGUGAUUGAAACGAAAAACACUAGAAUAAAAUAAACCAAACCCCGUUUAGUACCCGAGAUACUUAUACGCAAUUGGUCUCCCAUUGCACUGGGAAGUUGUGAGAAAAUUCUACGAUAACGUGAUAACAUUGAGGAAUAUCCAAAAUAAAAUUCAACAAAACUGCAGUACGUAAAACUAACAUUUCACAAGUGUGUGUUUGGGUGUGUGUGUGUGUGUGUCUGUGUUUGGUAACCAAUUCAAUCCAAUCUAUUAAAUACAGUGCAUUUAUGUAUAAAUUAAUAUAAUGCUCAGCUGAGAGUGUGCAUAAAAAACUAAAGAUAUACAUAUACAUAUACGUAUAAGCACAUAUAUGUACAUAAGUAUAAAACCAUUGCACAGACGCAACGCGAAGCGAACGUGAGUCUUGGAAUAUUGCAAACACAAAACAAAAAAUAAAUAAAUAACGAGGAACCAGUUUCACCUUGAGCACACACAUUCACAUUCACAAUCAAAGAAGACAGAGCAAAGUAUCUGUGUGUGCGCGAGUAUAUUGUUAAAUGAAACAGCACGAUCGGGCAGGCGACUACGAAUACAUAAUCGUACAUAAGUUACAUGCAUAAACAUGCACAGCACAGGGUAAUGUGCGGUUAAAAUGCUAACCGCUCUAUUUAAUAAUACCCGAUAAAAUUGGAAGAGCCGAACCUUAUCACCAGCUAUACAGUUCCAGCUACAUCAACAUCUCCAUCUACAGCUACGACGAGUGCACACAAACAAACCAAUCCAAAACCAAAACCAAUACCAAUACCACUGCCAGCCAGACCCACAAAUAUGUAUCUACUACUGCGAAUGCUGCUGCAGAUCUAGACGAACGCACUCGGAAAACUAACUGUGCGAUGCACCCCACUAACACAGCGCCCCACACGCUGCAAAUUUGAGAUACAAGUGGAAAGAUGAUAGCUGAGCCAACUCAGGGAACUCUUGAUACCAACACCAACACCGAUACGGAUACCGAUUCGCUUACCAACGGGCCUGCUAUUAGUAUUGCAACCACCCCAAUAAACCCAGCCCCAACUCAACCGAUACGGAUACGGAUACGGACACCAACAAGUAAAACACAAAGCGAGCAAGCUAUUACUCAUUCGACGACGGCUGUGGCUGGGACUCUGCCUGUGCCUGUGCCCUCGCCUGUUGCUGCAGCUGCAGCUGCACCGAACCCCCCCACACCCACAUCCACAUCCAGAUCCAGAUCCAGAUCCAGCAUGGACAACGAAAGAUCUCCAGCACAGGGCACUCCCAAAAUGACAGUCAUAGUCCUCGACGCAGAUGUGGUAUUUGGUUCGGCACGGGUGCCUGUCAAUUCCAGUACCCCGUAUUCAGAUGCAACUCAAACGAAGAAACAUUCUCCCGGCCAUAUCAAGAGACCCAUGAAUGCAUUCAUGGUGUGGAGUCAAAUGGAGCGUCGGAAGAUUUGUGAGCGAACGCCAGACUUGCAUAACGCCGAGAUAUCCAAAGAAUUGGGUAGACGAUGGCAGCUCCUGAGCAAAGAAGACAAGCAGCCCUACAUAGCCGAGGCAGAGAAGCUCAGGAAGCUGCACUUGAUCGAGUAUCCUAACUACAAGUACAAGCCACAAAAGAAGCAGUCGAGAUCUCCGGGAGCGCUAAAGCAGAAUCAGGAUGCGGAUGGAAGCGAAGUUAAAAAUGACACACAGAAUAGCACUUUGUCCACUAUUGCAAUUAAUGGAACCCCCACUGCCGGCCGGAAAAGCAAAAGAUCUACCUCUACAUGUCAAACUGGUUCAGUUUCGAAACGUAUAAGAAAUAAUGACACGGGUGAUACUUCGAAACCUAAAUACAAUGUAAAUGUAAAAGCUCCGAUAGAGCAACAGCACAAUAAUGCCGUUGAUAUUAUGUUACCAUCAACCGAUAAUCUUUUAAGCUAUCAAUCAUCUGAAUAUUUACCUCUGAACACGAAUAGCAAUGCUGAUUGCGAUCUAAAACUACACUCAGACCUAAAUGCAGGUCAAAUGGAAAAUCUUUCCCCCAAUCCACGAGAGAAUUUAACCGACGAUGUUUACAAGUAUUACUCAUUUUUCGCAAACUCCACCGACAACGAGGACUCCCAGUUGGAGGUGAACUCUUCGUCCAAUAGCCACCACAAUCAAUCGGAUCCAGCCGCAGGGCUGAUGGAGAAUCUAUCCGAUAUAGGUCCGCUGAAUGCCACGGAGGAGUUCUCCGAAGAUGUCCAGAAGUAUUUGCCAUUCUGUGACGAAUCCUUGUUAGAUGUGAACUCUGUCAACAACAAUGGAACCAACAACAGUUCCCAUACGAACUUCUCGGAUUGCCACAAUAUUAUUGAAGACAACAUUUUAAAUGAUGCCAACUUGCAUUCGGCCAGCCAUCAAAUACCUCCGUAUGUGCCUGACACUCCCGAGUGUUUUGUGGAAGACUGCGCUGGUGGCGACAACUCGUCCUCCCAUCAAGUUCAACCGCAAACUGUUACGAUGAACAUCGAGAUACACAACAGCACUCGUCUAUAUGGGGGAGGGGGAGAUGGCGGGCAUACAUUCCAAAAUGACGAUUUCAAUCCGAUUCCGACGGCGGCUGAAGACAGCGAGUGCAGCAUACUGACCGCCUCACAUUCGCCCCAAUUCGUCUUCAGCAGCAUAAGUAAUAGUUUCGUUGAAUCAGAUGCUAUGGGUUCACACCCAUGUACAUAUAUAACCCAAGACUACACCGGAAACGUAAUUGAAACAAACAAUGAUCUCAACUACACCGCACAUGAUAACAACGGAGCUCUCCUAGCUUACACAUCUGAGGAUUUACCCCUUCAGCCUACUGGUAGUCAUUUAGAGUUUAACACUAACAAAUAUGAGUUUGAAAGUUAUUAUAAAAUGUGAGAAAUACCUUUAAGUUUUGUGUAAUUUAUAACUAAUAUAAUUAUACGUUUGUAAUUUUACACCAAAUUAU